AUCUUGUGGCUGUGCCGUGCGCGUGAGCCCCGUAGGGCCGGGGAGGCACCAGCUGCCGCGCGGGGAGGAGGCCGAGGCCGCAGCUCGAGGGAGGCCCCGGCCCUCUGCGCCUGUGUCUGGCAAAGCCGGUGUGAGAAGACGAGACAACCCUUCCCCCGCCGCCGGGAUCGUCAAGAGUUUUGGCCGGACCUUUGAGGUACACCUCGGGAUAGUGAGGAGCCCGGCGAAAAGCACAGACUAUGGCGCUGAAACGGAUUAAUAAGGAACUUAGUGAUUUGGCCCGUGACCCUCCAGCACAAUGUUCUGCAGGUCCAGUUGGAGAUGACAUGUUUCAUUGGCAAGCCACAAUUAUGGGACCUAAUGACAGCCCAUAUCAAGGUGGUGUAUUCUUUUUGACAAUUCAUUUUCCUACAGACUACCCCUUCAAACCACCUAAGGUUGCAUUUACAACAAGAAUUUACCAUCCAAAUAUUAACAGUAAUGGCAGCAUUUGUCUUGAUAUUCUAAGAUCACAGUGGUCUCCUGCUUUAACUAUUUCUAAAGUUCUUUUAUCCAUUUGUUCACUGCUGUGUGACCCAAACUCAGAUGACCCGCUAGUGCCAGAGAUUGCACGGAUCUAUAAAACAGACAGAGAUAAGUACAACAGAAUAUCUCGGGAAUGGACUCAGAAGUAUGCCAUGUGAUGCUACCUUAAAGUCAGAAUAACCUGCAUUAUAGCUGGAAUAAACUUUAAAUUACUGUUCCUUUUUUGAUUUUUCUUAUCCGGCUGCUCCCCUAUCAGACCUCAUCUUUUUUAAUUUUAUUUUUUGUUUACCUCCCUCCAUUCAUUCACAUGCUCAUCUGAGAAGACUUAAGUUCUUCCAGCUUUGGACAAUAACUGCUUUUAGAAACUGUAAAGUAGUUACACGAGAACAGUUGCCCAAGAUUCAGAAAUUUUUUUAAAAACUGGAGCAUGUGUAUUAUGUGGCCAAUGUCUUCACUCUAACUUGGUUAUGAGACUAAACCAAUCCUCACUGCUCUAACAUGCUGAAGAAGCCAUCUGAGGGGGAGGGAGAUGGAUGCUCAGCUGUCACAUCAAAGGAAGCAGCAUUAUUCUAGCAGCAUCCGUUCUUGUUUAAACCUUCCACUGUUAGAGAUUUGAGGUUACAUGAUAUACUUUAUGCUCAUAACUGAUGUGGCUGGAGAAUUGGUAUUGAAUUAUAGCAUCAGCAGAACAGAAAAUGUGAUGUAUUUUAUGCAUGUCAAUAAAGGAAUGACCUGUUCUUGUUCUACAGAGAAUGGAAAUUGGAAGUCAAACACCCUUUGUAUUCCAAAAUAGGGUCUCAAAACAUUUUGUAAUUUUCAUUUAAAUUGUUAGGAGGCUUGGAGCUAUUAGUUAAUCUAUCUUCCAAUACUGUUUAAUGUAGCACUGAAUAAAUGAUGCGAGUUGUCAAUGGAUGAGUGAUCAACUAAUAGCUCUCCUAGUAAUUGAUUUAUUUUUCUUCAAUAAAGUUGCAUAAACCAAUGAGUUAGCUGCCUGGAUUAAUCAGUAUGGGAAACAAUCCUUUGUAAAUGCAAAGCUGUUUUUGUAUAUACUGUUGGGAUUUGCUUCAUUGUUUGACAUCAAAUGAUGAUGUAAAGUUCAAAAGAGUGAAUAUAUUGCCAUGUUCAGUUAAAAUGCACAGUCUGUUACAGGUUGACACAUUGCUUGACCUGAUUUAUGCAGAAUUAAUAAGCUAUUCAAAUAGUGUAGCUUUAAUACGCUGCACAUAAUUCUGGCAGCCCUAGAGUUCAUAAAUGGACUUGGGACUCAGCAGUUUUGAAACGUGUAUAUGGAGUUUAAGAAAUUUAUUUUCCAGGUGCAUCCCCUUCUAACUAAAAUUUUCAUCUUGUACACUUAACAGCUGAAAAAGAUAUAUAUAUAUAUAUAACUUGGGAGUAAUAAUGGGUCAAAAUUUACAAAAUAAAGUACUGUUUUGGUGUGGGAGUUGUCAUGAGGCUGUGUUGAAGUGACUUAACUGUGGGAUAUUGACUAUCCAUUGAGAUGGAUUUGUUCAGCCAUUUACAUUAAUGAGCAUUUAAAUGCAACAGAUCAUUUCGGGUGACUUAACAUGAAUGAAUAAAGUCAAUGCUAUUGGAUUGUUUGUUUGACAAGUGCUAUCUGUGCCACUAAAUCUUCUGUAGUAAUAAGGGCAUUACCAUUUUUCACCCAAGUUCUGAACCUGUAGUUUCACCUUUUUCUAGCUUUGAUUUAUCCAUUGCUUUCUUAGUCUUGUAUUUGAUUUCUAGCACAUACGAUGUUCACUUCCAUAUUUUGCACUGCUUAUAUUUACGUGCAAUCUUAUUCCUUGUCUGCACACAGAUGUGGAAAGCUAGAAAUAAAUGUAAAAGCUUAAUUUUUUUAUAAACAUUUAAA